AUGACCGGGAUGUGGUGGCUCGGGGCCUCGCACGUACGAAAUACCUCUUCCGUACUUACAACCAGUAGCCAGCUACCUACCUACCCUACCCCAUCCUUAACACUCCUGGGUCCGCAAAAUGGCGAAAUAACCAAGCGGGGUGCGGUCGACAGGAGGAAGCACCUUCAUUGUUCUGUCUGGAUGAACCAGACCGGGAGAGCAAUUGGCACGGAUCUCCAGACCUCCCGCAAGGUUCCUGAGUUUGCAAUGGCCGGCCCCCAAUCAGCACUAAAGACUUUCAGGAGGAAGUGGACGCGGAGAAUUCGCCUUUCGAAGGUACCAAAGGAGAUCAGACAUGAAGGUCAACCCGUCAAAGACGAAGAGAUGGAGCUGCUGGAAGACCAAUUUACUUUCCAUGUUUAUGUUAGGGGCUCGUCUGUGAAACGCCAUCAAAUGCGCUCGCGCCACACCGGUCGACUCCGUUUGUACUCUGUGCUUGGAGCUCCCACAUUCGCCCAUCUGAUAUCCAUCUGCAUGCAUGCCAUGUGUGCAUGGGUCACCACCCUGGUCCACUGCUGCCUCAGUGAGGUUGAUGAGCUCUCUGUUGCUACUAGACAAGGCUGUGAAAGGAAGUUCGAAACAGAGGAAGCCACUAAUGGCUGCAAUUCGGAGCAACGGAUUGACCCCAAGAUGCAGCUCUUCGCUGAGUUCUUGAGAUUACAGUCACCCACCCCUCCAGCAUGGAUGGCCUGGUCGCAAGCAGAGGGAAAGCUCAUGUCGAACACGGAUGUUCAGAGAUGCGUGUGUGAUUGAUCUCCUGAACGGUCCCACAAGCAUCCGUCCAGAUCGCUUCCCCAGUGGUUUGCAGAGGGCUGGCUGGAUCCAACAGCGGCCCUUGACCAACCGAGAAAUGAUUCUCAAAACUUGGACCCUGGAAAGGGGAGCGGCCAGUGCAAGAGCGAUACAAAAAGAAAAUAAAAUCCCCGAUGAUCCUCGGUGCAUGGAUGUGAUCGUUCUGUAAUACCUGGGCAGGGAUGAGGGGGGCGUGUGCCACGACGA